UCUCAAACUGUUGUCAAAUGCAGACUGCUGGGACUUCUUCCAGAGGUGUGGCACACCACAGGUCCCUAGAGCUAAAAACGGUGUUAUAGAUGAUCCCGAUAUCCUCAUUUGAGGAAAACAACAUUAAGAUCUGUGAUCACCAUAUAUCCAUCCUCAGAUAGAGGUGAAUCUUUUUAGGGCAACUGGAGUAAUCCUUGAUACUUUUGGGUGAAGGCAGGGCACAUCCUGAACAGGUAACAAUGCAUGCCAGUGGAGUACUUAGUUAACCUAUGACUCAUGUCAUUGGACUGUGGGAGGAAAGCGGAGUGCCUAAAGAAAACUUACGAAUGCACAAGAAGAACAUGCAAACUCCACACAGAAAGAAAGCAGCUGAGAUUUAAACCAGGAGCCCUAACCACCAUACCAUAAACACAAUGGGGGCAGCAGUAGGGCUGUCGUCCUCUGAUUGGAAGAUCGCAGCUUUGAUUCAAGACAUGUUUUAUUCAUUUUCCACCUUGACUUUCCACCCGCUUAUAAUGCUGAAAUGACUGAUGCAUCGCAAAUUCACCUGACCAAAUACCUGUACAGAAGUAUUUUAAACAAAAAAAAACACCUCAUUAAACAAAACAGAAAAGCUUAAGGCCACUAUCAGAGCAACUAAAGAUUCUAGAAAACCUCAGUAGUGCCACGUUUAUCCCCUCUGAUGUCUCACUGCCACAGUGAAAUAUAAAAAUAAAAAUAAAAGUAAAAAGCUGCAAGAGGAAGUAUGUGAGAUCACCCCUCCUUCACACGGAAAGGGAGGAGGAUAAAAAAAAAAUGUUUAAAACACAACUUCCUCCUUGACUGAGACAAUUAAUCCAGAAUCCAAUGCAAAAGACAUUUCUAUACAAGGGUCCAAAUUACCAUUAAGUGCUCCGAUUUUCUAUUUCUUUCUAGAUUUUCAUUUAAUUUGCAAAAAAAAAAAAAAAAAAUCUGUACUGAUUUCUUUAUAAAAUAAAUGAAUAAUCAGACAUAAUACAUUUUCAUGUGUUUUUGCUGCAUGUCUCAGUCGAUCAGAGGACACUCUGUUUAGCUGUGUCUAAAAGUCAACCUUUUCCCACGGCACACUUUGCCUGCUAUUUGACUGAAUUUAAAUGUUUCUCACUCAACCCUUUCUGAGUUUAAGCUUGAGUUUAAGCUUGUGCUGUGAUCAGCUGCCAUGGGUGCAGUUAAAGCAGGAAGAACUGGUUUUAAAGACACACUUUGCACCUUCGGUCUGUCUUUUGGUUCCGUGUUUAUCUGUGAAGGCUCGACAAGAAGAUUUAAACUAAUUUCACGUUAAUGAAAUGGAAAAGUGUCUUUGCAGAACACCAAAUGGAAACCUGGUCAGUUUAUGCCAUGAAAGGAGGACUUUCUCUAAUCCUGCUGGCAGCUGCCUGCAUGGGUUCACAACAAAGCAAUACAACCCCAGAACUAACAGGGCAAAUGGGCAAUGAUAGUCAGACUACCACACAUUGGCCUGAAAAUGGACAUACAACAACUAAAACAACUGCAACAUUCAGUUUGUAUGAAAAAAAUACAACCCUAGGUUCUGAAGAAACAUCAAAAACAAUGGAAUACACUAUAACUGGCCAGGAACACAGCAAAACCAGCCAACAAACUCAAUUGGCCUCAAGCCAAGCAGCCUCUUUACCAAGCGAAAACACAGAAACAGCAAAUGAAAGUCCACCCCCAACAAAAACUGAAUAUAGUUUAGAAUCUAGUGACAGCCCAAUCACCAGCAUUUCACCUUUUUCAAUCAGUGAGUUAGCAAGCACAACAGAAAAUGACUUCCAAGACCAGACAAAAACGGAUCAUUCAAAUUUAAGCAUAACCAGAUCUGAAGAGACAACCUUAGAUUCAUCGUCUGGGACUGAACUUCACACAGCAACUACAAAUCUGAGUACUGUUGAUGAACUGGUGAACACCAAUGAGAGGUCAUCUGCACAGACAACUACUAUUUUUCCAACACAGACUUUAAAAAAAAUGACAAGUGCAUCUCAAGAAUUCACAAGCACAUUUAGUAAGGAAACGUCAGAAUCCUCAAGUUCAUCCAAACAAGAAACUUCCUCAUUUUUUCCAAGGAGGAGCACCCAAAAUCUCCUAUCCACUGGACGUCAAAAUCCCUCACCAACAGCAGAUUUAGGAUCAGCCACAUCAAAUCAGAAUAUAUUAUCUACACUCCCUGUAACUUCAUCGUCAUCUAAACAUAUUUUCUUCACAGAAACAUCAGCUCCAACACUGACAACAGAUCAGACAUCUUCUGUAGUUUCCAGCUCUGUCAUGCAGUCUCAAAUCUCAGACACAAAAAUUACAACGGCUUCUCUUACAACACACAAUGAUAAAAAUUCAGUACAAACAUCCACAAUCCAUCAUGUGACACAAGAGUCAUCAACUGAACUGACUGCAACAGAACAAGUUUCAACGACAAAACAAAGCUCAGGAUCUUUCAAACCAAACUCACAGCCAAGUCCCAGAGAGAAUCCCAGCACAACCCAGGAAAAAGACCCACCUCUGGGAACAGCAGCUACACAUAAUUCAGCAUCAGACACAAGUGGAUCUACCACACAGAAUGUAAGUGAUGUUGCAACCUUAGAAACUACUGCCACAUCUGGAGGUUCUCAAAGGGUCCCCAUCUCAACUCCAAUUCAGACAUCACAGAGUUAUGAGACAUUAUUCACACAAUCUGCUGUUGACAGGAGAUGGUGGGACUCACCACAGACACAGUCUAUAAUAACCAUUCCCAAGGGCUUCGGAUCAACACAAGUAACAGCAGAGAAACACAAGUCACCUACAAUGGAAUUACCAAUAUCAGCAACAACAUCAUCUAUAGAAGCCCAAAGCAUGACGGCUGUGCCACAAACAAGUAAAACUACAGUAACAUACAAAGUUCCCUUUUCUGUGAUAACAGAAACACCCAUGACACUAAAAGUAACCGCUUUAGCCACAACCAAAAAACAAACAGCUAUAAAUUCUGAAACUCUUGUCCAACAAUCCACCACUAUGAAACAAACUACUGCCGUGACACAACAGAGCUCAAUUUUUGUCCCGGCAUCAACUGACCAAUACGAAAAAACAUCCAAACCACUUUCAUUUUCAACUCUACUUCAACAAAGAAUAACAGAGUCACAGCAAUUACCAUCUACUACAAAUAUAUUUUCAUCAGCGACAAAAGAACACCAAUAUACCAGAGUAAAUAUGUCUACAAAAGUAAGUUCAACAGAACUAACGACUUCAUUUACAGCAAGAAGUCAAACAACUCUAAAUUCCUCAGUGGUGCAACACUCUGAUGCCAUCGUAAAAUCAACAACAAAAGCAAGUACAACCAUGGUUCCAAAGGCCUCUUCUGACGAAAAGUCACAAACUACAGAUGUAAAAUCCACAGAACCACCUAGUUCAACACAAUUGACCUCUUCACUUAUGGAAAAAAGUCAAAUAACUUUAAACUACCAAGAAGAAUCAGGCAACAGUGUAAAAUCAACAACAAAAGAAAGAACAACUAUGAUUAUAAGUGCUUCUGAAGGAAAGUCACGAUUUACAGAUACAAAAUCUACAGAACCACCAAGUUCAACACAAUUAACCUCUUUAGUUACAGACAGAAGUCCAACAACUCUAUACUCCCCAGAAGUAAUGCAACAAUCUGACACCACUGUGAUUUCAUCAACAAAAGAAACUACAACUAGGGUUGCAAGUGCCUCUUCUGAAGAAAAGUCACAAACUACAGAUAUAAAAUCUACAGAACCACCAGGUUCAACACAACUAACCACUUCACUUACAGAAAGAAAUUCAACAACCCCAAACUCCCCUGAAGUACCUGAUACCACUGUAAAAUCAACAAUAAAAGCAAGUACAACUAUGGCUGUGAGCACGUCUUCUGAAGGAUUGUCACAACGUACAGAUAUGAAAUCUACAGAAUCACCAGGUUCAACACAAUUAACCACUUCACACACAGAAAGAAGUUCAACAACUCUAACCUCCCCUGAAGUAUCUGAUACCAUUGUAAAAUCAACAAUAAAAGCAAGUACAACUAUGGCCAUAAGUGCCUCUUCUGAAGGAAAGCCACAAACUACACAUAUAAAAUCUGCAGAACCACCAAGUUCAACACAGUUGCACUCUCCAUUUACAGCAAAAAGUCCUAGUACUCUAAACUUCUCAGAAGUAGUGCAAGGGUCUGACGCCACCAUAAGAUCAACAAUAAAAGCGAGUACUACUAUGGUUGUAAGUGCUUGUUCUAAAGGAAAGUCACAAACUACAGAUACAAAAUCUAUAGAACUACCAAGUUCAACACAAUUAAUUACUUCAUUUACAGCAAGAAGUCAAACAAUUCUAAACUCCCCAGAAGUAGUGCAACAAUCUGAAACAUUAAAAUCAACAACAAAAGAAAGUACAACCAUGGUUCCAAAGGCCUCUUCUGAAGAAAAGUCACAAACUACUGAUACAAAAUCUAAAGAACCACCUAGUUCAACACAAUUGAUCACUUCACUUAUGGAAAAAAGUCCAAUAACUUUAAACUACCAAGAAGAAUCAGGCAACAGUGUAAAAUCAACAAUAAAAGCAAGUACAACUAUGGUUGUAAGUGCCUCUGAAGGAAAGUCGCAACUUACAGAUACAAAAUCUACAGAACCACCAAGUUCAACACAAUUAACCUCUUUAGUUACAGACAGAAGUCCAACAACUCUAAACUCCCCAGAAGUAAUGCAACAAUCUGACACCACUGUGAUUUCAUCAACAAAAGAAACUGCAACUAGGGUUGUAAGUGCCUCUUCUGAAGAAAAGUCACAAACUACAGAUAUAAAAUCUACAGAACCACCAGGUUCAACACAGUUAACCACUUCACUUACAGAAAGAAAUUCAACAACUCUAACCUCCCCUGAAGUAUCUGAUACCAUUGUUAAAUCAACAAUAAAAGCAAGUACAACUAUGGCUACAAGUGCCUCUUCUGAAGGAACGCCCCAAACUACACAUAUAAAAUCUGCAGAACCACCAAGUUCAACACAAUUGCAUUCUCCAUUUACAGCAAGAAGUCCAACAGUAGUGCAACAAUCUGAAACAUUAAAAUCAACAACAAAAGAAAGUACAACCAUGGUUCCAAAGGCCUCUUCUGAAGAAAAGUCACAAACUACAGAUGUAAAAUCUACAGAACCACCAAGUUCAACACAAUUGAUCACUUCACUGAUGGAAAAAAGUCCUAUAACUCUAAACAACCCUGAAGUAUCUGGCAACAGUAUAAAAUCAACAAUCAAAACAAGUACAACUAUAGUUGUAAGUGCCUCAGAAGGAAAGUCACAAACUACAGAUACAAAAUUUACAGGACCACCAAGUUCAACACAAUUACACUCUCAAGUUACAGUAAGCAGUCCAACAACUCCAAACUCCUCAGAAGUAGUGCAACAAUCCAAAACUACAUUAAAAUCAACAACAAAAGCGAGUACAACUACGGUUACAAGUGCCUCUUCUGAAGAAAAGUCACAAACUACAGAUAUAAAAUCUACAGAACCAGCAAGUUCCACACUAUUAACCACUUCACUUACAGAAAGAAGUCCAACAACUCUAAACUACCCUGAAGUAUCUGACACAAUUAUAACAUCAACAGUAACAGCAAGUACAACUAUGGUUCUCAGUACCUCUAAUUCACAAACUACAGAUAUAAAAUCGAGAGAACCACCAAGUUCAACACAAUUACACUCUCCAGUUACAGCAAGAAGUCCAACAACUAUAAACUCCUCAAAAGUAGUGAAACAAUCUGAACCCAAUGUAAAAUCCACAGUAGAAGCGAGUACUACUAUGGUUUUAAGGGGCUCUUCUGAAGAAAAGUCACAAACUACUGAUACACAAUCUACAGAACCACCAAGUUCAACACAAUUAGCCACUUCACUUACAGAAAUAAGUACAACAAUUCUAAACUCCUCAGAAGUAGUGCAACAAUCUGACACUUCAGUGAAAUUAACAACAAAAGCAAGUACAACUCUAGCUGGAAGUACUUCUUUUGAAGAAAAGUCACAAACUACAGAUACUAAAUCUACAGAUCCACCAAGUUCAUUACAAUCUACCACUCCAGUUACAGAAAGAAGUUCAACAACUCUGAACUCCCCUGAAGUAGUGCAACAAUCUGACACGACUCUAAAAUCAACGAUAAAAGCAAGUACCACUAAGGUUGUAAGUGGCUCCUCUGAAGGAAGGUCACAAACUACAGAACCAAAAUCUACAGAACCACCAAGUUUAACACAGUUAACCACUUCAGUUACAGCAAACAGUCAAAGAACUCUAAACUCCUCAGAAGUAGCGCAACAAUCUGACGCCACCACAAGAUCAACAAUAACAGCAAGUACAACUAUGUUUGUAAGAACCUCCUCUACUACAAGUACAAGUCUGGUUUCAUAUCAGAGAACAACUAUUGCACCAGGGGUUUCACCGAGGGAGGGAGAGGAUGCAAUAUCAUCAUUUACAAAAACCCAACAAACAUCUGCUAAACUUGCAACUGACAAAACAACUCCAUCAAGUAGUGAAUUUGUCUCUAGAGUAAGAAGACUCACAACUCCCACUAUAAUUUCGAUGGAAACCACUGAAACACAAUCAUUUACGACAACAGGUACUGUUGGUAUGUCAUCAUACUCUACAGCCACAAGCAAGGAAAUGUCCAUUUCAAUAGCAACCCUCACUGCAUCUAUAGCUGCAUUAACAGGAGCAACAACUCAAACUAUAUUGCCUCUGACCACACACACAACUGCAACACAAGCUACAGUUACAAGCAUGCCUCAUUUGCUGAAGCCAACAACUCCAGAUACAAAAAAGCUUGUUAGUUUAUCAACACCACCAUUGCUCACAGAAACAACGCAAAACACAGAUUUGAAAGACAGCACUGUGUCACUAUCGCAAGAAGACACAAUGACCAUGUCAUCUCAAGGGCCAUUCACAGAGACUUCUUCAAAAUCUGCAGGAACAGAAACCACAACAGUGGAAUUGACUUUACCUGCUCGGAUAUCAACCAACAUUGCAAAAACCUCUGUAACCUUUUCAAAAGGCACCACACAAUAUGCAACUCAAGGGGAAAUAACUAACUCUCCAGCAAGCACACCAAUGUCUGCUUCAGUAUCUAAAAACACACAGACAAUAACAAAAAAUGCACUAGUUAUACCUCUGAUCACUGGUUUAUCUUCUGCAGCAACAACAUCUAACAUGUCACCCACGACUCGAUAUUUACCAGCAUCCCUUAAAAUGACAUCCCCACCACUUGAAACAACUGGUCCACAAAAAACAGAAAAUACAGAUUCAGGCACUUUAAGCAAACCUACACAAGGUUCGGCAUCUUCCAUUUCACCAUCGAGCCCUUUGACAGCAACUGUUGAUCCUACACACGCAAUCGCCAGUGGGUUAAAUUAUACCAAAACUACACCAAAUACAUCACGGGGAGGGCCCCUUCCUUCAAGCAAAAGUACAAAUAGCACUGUGUCUUCAUACCCAUCUUUAUUGAGACCCAACUCAACAGAAUCCACAUCUGCAGCUAAUUCAACACCCCAAAAGGAGGUGACUUCAAACAUGAAGAUGGCUUCACAGACAGAACCAACAUCUCAAAGAACAAUGACAUCAAGUCCAAGUUCCAAUGCUUCAACAUCCAAUGCUGCUCAAGGCAACACAACACAAAAGCAACUUGGCGCUUCUUCACCUGCACCCGGGGACAACAUGGUGUUCUUCAAACUUCCCAAGAUUGCUGUGGUGACUCGGGUCGUCUUUGAACACCCAACUUUUGUCAGGACCUCAUUUACGCCUGCAAAUACUACAAAGACAGAGGUUCCCAGGGCUACCUCUAAACCCUAACCCAUUUUCUGUUGGGCAAAGGCAGGAUACACCUAGGACAGCAUACACCUGUCCACAACCUCAACACUCCAAACUCCACUGUAGCCAAGACCAAAGAGCUGUCAAAAGGCACCAGUGACAAAAUUGUAGACCUGCAAUGGCUGGAAAGACUCAAUUUGCAAGAGGUAAGCAGCUUGGUGUGGCAAAAGCUGUGGGAGCUAUUACUAAAAAUUGGAAGACAGACAAGACCACUCAUAAUCUCCCUAGAUCUGCAGCUGUAUAUAAAAUGCCAUCAUAUUUGGUCAAAAUUAUCACAACUGUGAGCAAAAAUUCCAGGAGCACAUGAGGGGGAACUAGUGAAUGCCUUGGAGAGAGCUUGGAUAAAAAGUACCAAAGGCUACCAUCAAUCAGACUCAACAUCAGCAGAGACUCAAAUCCUGCAGAGCCAGAUGUGUCACCUUCUCAGUACAUGUCUAGACCCAUCCUGAGGUGUUCUAGCCAGUCUUCCAGAUUUCAACCCCAUAGGAAAGCUUUGGAAGUUGAAAGUCUGUAAUUCCCAGUAACAGCCUGAAAGCAUCACUGCUCUCAAGGAGAUUUGCAUGGAGGAAUGGAUAAAAAUACCAGCAGUAGUGUGAGAAAACCUAAUGGAGACUUACAGAAAAUUUUUACCUUAUUGCCACCAAAACAAAAAGUAGAAAAUAUCUAAGCAAUACGGUCUUUUUUAUUAUCAAAGAGUCAUUUUUUUACCUUAUUUGUAAGAAAAUACUUUCAAAAUAAUACAAUGUGAUUUAUUUGUCUCAUUCUUUCUCUCAAAGUUUAAAUACUGGUAAAUAUCUAUGAUGAAAAUGUCAAGCCUCUCCCAUCAUUUGAAGUGUGACAGCUUGGACAAUUAAUGGUUGACCAAUAUUUUUUUUUCACCCCACUGUACAUUUUUACUGUUUUCUUCUUUCCAUGGGAUGGAUUAUAAAUUACAAUGUAAAAAAAAAAGUCUUGCCAAGUCUAUAUAACUUCGUAACAUUAAAAAAUGUAGUUUACAGCAACAUCCUUGAAGCAUGAUGUGUCUGUGAAAUGUAUGAGUUAUCCUAAAAUUACCAUGCCCUAGUUUGUAUUAUAAAUGAGGGGACAUCUCUUAAAAAAUGUACACAAUUCAAAUGUCUUUAUUUCCUUGAACUGGUAUACAAAUUGUUAGUUGUGACCCUUGUGCUAUGCUAGGCACGUUAAUGUUGGGAAUGAAGUCAUCUGGAUAUCACAAUGUGAUAUUAUCUUGUCUUUUGUCUCAUAUGUAUUGUAUUGUAUGCACAAUUACGGUACUUAUAAAUGUGGAAACGGUUUUAGUUAAGUUUGCUUUUCUUAUAAAAAAAACAAACCCGUGUAAUCUAUAUAAUAUCCUAGGAUGAACACCCUUUCAUGAGCUAAAUGCUGUGUAAUUAGGUGUAAUUGCAGCUAAAACCCCCUUCUUGAAGCCUGAAAAUCUUCAUGCCAUGUUUUAACCACAGGUUUUUAAAAGGUAAAUGUGACCUACAUCAUCUCACUUGAAUUAUAAAAAUGCAGACACACACCCUGCUUGGGUGCGUCUGUGUCAAAGGGAAAAAUGUAUCAGAAACAUCACCAAAAAAAUAACUAUAGUGUCACUGAUUUUAGAUUUAUGACUUGUGUCACUAAGCUACAAAAGUUGAAGAUAUUUGUGGAAUUCCUAAGUGUAUUAUGCAUGGAUAAAGACAAGACCUGAAAUCCCUCAGCCUGGUGUGGCAUGUUUCAAGCCAGCUAGGAGACAUCUUUCAUGUUAUACUAACGUAUAAGUAGACAGUAAAUAGUCAUUGAAAAGAUUUGCAGUACUUUGUAGUCCAGUGUAUUGGAAAACGUUGUAUUUUGUUCUGCAUUUUAUUUUGUUUUGUAUUUUUUUUUACUGGAAAUCUAAUAAAGUAAGAUCUUUUUUGAAAAAAUACCAGUUUUGAAGUGUUUAUUAAAGAGAUAUAUGCUUCUAUAGAAAGAGUUAAAUCUCUUUAUAAUAAUAAAAUUUUAAUUUUAUAUAACUUUUAAAGCAGUUAUGAAACUAAAUUUGAUGUUUUGGACUUUUUAUUUUGUUAUUAGCAGACUUGAGAAAAUUAGGCACUACUUUUUUUUUACUGUAGGGGCUCAGAUUUCACAGUCAGGGAAUGAUGUAAGGAGUGAAGUCUUCUGAUAACGAAGAGAGAAGGAUGUGAUAUAAAUAAAUAAGCUGAUUAUACUGACGUUGUCACUGGAUCAAUAUAAACAAGGAAGCUGCCAUAUAUAGUUUCCAUUAGUAAACUGGGAUUUAUGUAAGCAAUACAAACUUCAAAUUUAGUAGUUGGUUAUUUU